GAGCCCCUGCUGGGCUUUGAAAAGGGACUGAGCACAUUGAGGGGCCCUGAAGGUGGAGCUUCCUGAGCUGUAAGGUGGCAAAUUUGCUGUCAUGAGGAGGUCCAACCUCUGAGACUCCCCCUGAAGGGGUGCGAUCUGCCUUCACACAUCCCGUUCUGAUGGGGCCUGUGCGCUGUCGCUGUCCCUCAGACCCUGGGAGACCCACAUUUGUGCUUCCCGUGUGCCCCAAAAGGCAUCAGCUUUUCCCCUGGGUUCCACCCUCCAUGAGAGUUGAGUCUAAAUUCCUUCUUUCAGCAUUUGAGUGAUGUGAAGAAAUUUUAAAAUUACCCUUUUACACAAUGGUUUCAGCUGGAGGGUGGAUCCCCUGAGUCACCAGGACCAGUGAUGACCACGGUGGCCCCCUGGGGGACCACCCUCUCGACUUACACCUCAUCUGUAAGGGAGUCACUUUCAGAUUCACAUCUGGACAUGCCUCUCAACCUCUGGGGGCCUCAGUAUAUUUACCUGCAGGCUCAGGAGGGGGGAGGGGAGAUAGGAAGAUUUCUCAGCCACCACACCCCCCAACUACUGUGUAGGCGAAGUUCCCUUUCCAGGACUAUCCACAGUCUCUCCCCCUGGGCUUCCUGUUGGGGCAUCCUCAGCCCCACCCCAGAGCUGGCACUUUGCUCCCUGACACAGGGACGCGGACCUGCUCUGUGCUGAGAGAGGCAGACAUGGUGCCCCUGUUGCUGCUGCUCCUGCUGUGGGGAGAAUCUCUGGAGGAGCAGCCAGGCUUCGAGCUCCGAGUGCAGGAAUCCGUGACGGUGCAGGAGGGUCUGUGCGUCCACGUGCCCUGCUCCUUCUCCUACCCCUGGAGUUCAUGGUCUUCCUCUAGUGAACUCUACACCUACUGGUACCGGAAAGAGGACAGCAUAUGGCACAAUCUACCUGUGGCUUCGAAUGACCCAAAUAAACCAACAAAGGGAGAAACCCAAGGCCGUUUCCUCCUCCCGGACUCCAGGAACAACAACUGUUCCCUGCACAUCAGAGAUGCCAGGAGGAGUGACACAGGAAUAUACAUCUUCCGAAUGGAGAGAGGAAGUGUGAAAUAUAAUUACCAAGACAAGAUGCUGAAUUUGCAGGUGACAGAUUUGCCCAUUCUGAUCUUCCAUAUAAAUGCAAUUAUAAAAUACAUGUUUUUUUAUGACUGA